AUGGCUCGCGCAACAAGAUCUGGUAGGGGAGGCGACCGUAUCAUUGGCGGAGACUCGCCGCCUCGUCCGCCAUUUUUCCGCUCGGAGGCGGAGCGUGCGAAGUGGUUGCGCUCCGAGGGAGCGCGCAAGCGGUCGGCGCACAGGUUGGCGCGCAAUGCGGUCAGCACACAUUCGUCCGACUGCUCGUGCCGCCCGCUGCUACCCAACAACAACGACGACGAGGACGACGCGCGACGCUUCACCUCACCACCGGGGACGGUGGAGACGAAGCGGAGGAGAUUGGUCUUCCUCACUCCGGCAACCUCACCUCCUGCGCGGCCUCUUCCUCCCUGUCCUUCUCACCAAGGUUACAACACAGACGUAAAAGACCCAAAUCCAGCACACAGAUCGAUCAUGGCGGACUGGGCGUCGCUUCUACCGGAGCUUGUCCAAGGCAUCGCCGACCGCGUCCUCUCCACCACUGGCGGCGUUGACACGUACAUGGACAUGAGGGCCGUCUGCCCUAAAUGGCGCUCUGCCAUCACCAGGCCAUCUCCCUUCGCCGCGGUCGCUGACCUCCGUUUCCGCCCACGUGACUGGGUCAUGAUCGACCUCACAAAUGAGAACUACGACGACAAGGAUGGCUGCCUCUUCCUUCACGUCCCCACUGGGCGCUUCCGCCGCCUGCGCCUUCCGGUGCUCCAAGGCCACCUGCUUGUUGGUGUUUCCGACGGUCUCCUCGUGCUCGGGAACAGGGAGCCCCCGCAUUCGGUUUGUGUCCUCAACCCCUUAACAUACGACAUGCUCCACUUUGCGGCGCCGUUAGAUAAACAUUUUAAGGAUGUACUUGUAAUGUAUACCGUGGUGAGCGUUGGCUUUGGUUCGACCCUGGUGCUGUGGACGGAGGGAAAGAGCAGGGUUCUAUGUGCUCAUCCAACCAGCGAUGUCUUUACAGAGAAGGAUAUUUGCACGAGCGACAUUAGUAUGGUUACCUCCCAAGGCAAUGUCUAUUAUGCCUGUGCGGAUGGACGGAUAUUCAAGAUUGUCGGACCAGCGGAGCAGUGUUAUGAUGAUGAGCUUGUAGCCCAGAUGUCACCGGACGUGGACCUCUAUUUAGAGGAACAAUACGGCACACGGUCUGAACUCGUGGAGUCUGACGGGGAACUGCUGCUUGUACGCCAUGAAAAUAAUCUAGCUUUGAAAGUUUUCAAGGUCAACAUCGAGCACAAGUUGUUGGAGGAGGUCAAGAGCCUUCGCGGCUGCCGCGCGUUGUUCGUUGGCAACCAGCGGUGUGUGUCUGUGGACGCGAGUAAGAUUCCGUCGGUUGAUGGUGACUGCAUAUACAUGUCUCAUUGGAUGUCUCAUUCGCUGGGUGACAAUAAUCUAGCUUCAGAAGACGAUGGGUUUGCCAUGUGUGGGCAUAACAUAAGGGACGGUACAAUGAAGAUUAUCGCGAGCGAACCAAUGCUCAAUAUCCGCCCUUUCAGCCUUGUCCAGGUUCUCUUGCAGUAAAUCUCUUGAGUCAUCAAGGUUAUGUAAACGAACCUGCUCUUGCAUUGGUGCUACUGCUUCCUGCCACUUCAGUACUUAUGGGCUUACAAUCAACAUGUGAGGAGUUCGAGUAUAUAUAGUAUGUCAUGUUGGAACAGUUUUAUGUAUUUAAGCUAUCUCUUUCAUCAGUCAUAUUGUUGCAUCAGCA